AAGUAGCAGCAGUAUAAAAACAAAGCUGUGCUUCAGUAGCCUGAAGAAAGUGAAAGUGAAAGUGGAUGAGUUACUGAGUUAUUACAUGUAAGAACAGGAGCAUUAUUCUCUGGUAAACUCCAAUAACCCUGAGUCUGUGUAGGAAAUAGAGGUGUUGUUGGACACUGGAGCAGACACUCUACUUGGACUUUCCAGCUAAGCACAUUGUUCAUAUGAACAUCCAGCCAGAAACACGAUCCACCACCAUCAUGAUUUCCAAGGCCGUAAAAUCCAUGUUGAAGGAAGUAGAUUCUAACGGUAGCCUGAUCCCUGUGUCCAGUCUGAACGACAGCUCUGGUAAACUGAAUCUCCUCUCACUCAUUGUGAAGACCAGGCCCAGAUGUGGAUGCUUCUGGCAGGAACCGAAAUACCAGUCCAGAGGCUUUUCCCUGAGUGAUGUGCUGAAGCCUGGAGAACCUGAAGACAAACCUUUAAACCCAGAUGUGAAGAAGUCGGACUUCGUGGACCACAGUGGGACAUUUGGUGACAAGAAAGAAAUCAACUCAGAUGGAAAUGUGGAGGGAUUGGCGGCUGAUUUAAAACUUAACUUGUGCUUAAAACGCUUCAACGAACAAGAGUCGUCCUUUGGCAGACUGAAGAAAGAGGCGGUGGAAGUGAAGGAGUUGGUUAACUACUCGAAAGACAAACGUCUGGACAUGACCCACCCUGUGAUCAAGCAGACCCGGGAGAAGCCCAGGGCAGUAUUAGGGGUGUUGACGGGAGGAUUAUGACAUCACAACCAUGCCAGGUCACAAACAAAGUCCGGAAGCAUGGAUAUGCAGGAGCCACCGUGAGCGCCUGCGUGGCCCUGAGCGUGAAGGCCUCUAUGAAGCAGAGUGGCAGUACUCAGACAGAAAGUGAUGUGUCGCUGAAGAUUCCUGAAUAUACUGUCAUUGCCUUCAGUCUAAUUGAACUCAAGGUCAAACCCAAUGGAAAGUUUGAGCUGUGCCUCAUCCGCAACAAUGGGGGCUUUGAAAAAGUUAGGUCAAAUUACGAGAUGGAAGAGGAUGGAAUUAUGGGCCUGAGAGGCGACUUUGCUCCCAACAGCCCCCUAAAUCUGAACAAAGAACUGGAGAAACUGAGUGGUCAUUUCCAGCUGCUGUCAGUCCUGUCAGCAGUCACACGUUCCUCUCUGCUCCAGCUCCUCAAGACAACCAUGGUGGACAGAGAGGCAGUCAGUGUGCUGGAGAGUGUG